AUGAGUGCUACUGCGUUCAACGGCUAUACUCCCGCUCCUCCACUCAGCAGUGACAAGCUCUAUGGCCCGGAUCCGUACGACUACAACUUUUGCUAUCCUAUCGAUUUCAGUUGCCUUGAAACGGAUCGCGUCGCCUUACAGCCUUUCAUCCCACGUAUUCAUGCACCGUUGUACUACGAACAGAUUUCAAAAGAUGCUAGUCUUGAGGAGUGGCUACCGUUCCGCACAGACACGCUCGAAUCCUUCCUCGCUGCAGUCGAAUCGUGGCGAGUUGGACCCGGAAAUGUCUUCAUUGCCAUCAUCGAUAAGGGCCAUCCUGGUCAGGAGCCUCAAGUACCCGGCGGCAGUCUUGCUGGGGUUAUAGGCUUGUUCUACACAUCCUCUACCACACUCUCCACCGAGAUAGGUCCCGUCAUGGCGUUCCCAGCAUUCCAGCGAACCUAUGUGAUGUCGAGUGCCAUCGGCCUACUCUUGCGUUACUGCCUCGAGAUUCCAUCCAAAGGUGGUCUAGGGUUGCGCCGUGUGCAAUGGACGACGAGUCCGUUGAACAAGGCCUCGAUCAGGACAGCGACGCGAAUGGGCUUCAAACAGGAAGCCGUCUUGCGCUGGUCCUUCCCUCUACAAGACGAGAAGAAAGUUGGGCACGGACGGCCUCUGCGCGAAGGCGAUCCGCUCCCUCACAAUCCCGGCAGGGAUAGCGCUCUUCUGGCUGUCACUUGCGAGGAGUGGGAAGACGGAGGACGCGAGUCUGUGCAAGCUCUGAUGGAUAGAACGUAG